AGUCCACCAGACUGUCGCAAACAAUAACAAGAGGUUUGCACCAGUUGCAGCAGGACACAGUGGCCCGGGUUGUGUGGUGAAGUUGUAUUAUUCACUUUCUACAAGACCUGCUUCCAGGGAGCUCUCCAGGCUGUUCGGUCCCCUGACCAACCAACUUCGGAGGGAUUGGUUCGUUCACAGCAAAGGGGGAUGUACUGACGGCACCUUUCACACAAUCACUCUGGCCUUUCUCGUCUCUCCUGUUUUUUUGUUAAAUGCGGGUGCCCGUUGCAGCGUUCUAGUUUUGACACAGAGCUGUAAAAGUUGAGGGAGAUGGAUCCGGAGAAAGGCAGGCAAGGGUACGAAGCUCAUUACUCCAACGAGGAGCAACAGGCGUCCAUGCUGCGGCCAGUAUCGGAGCCCGCAGGGAAGAGAGAGAACCAGCAAUGCAGCUUCAAGUGCCGAGUGAUCAUUGUGGUGCUGAUUUUGUUUCUGUUAAUUUUGCUACUUGGAUCUGGACUUGGACUUGGCCUCAGAUCACAUAGACAAGUGGCAGUUGACAGCUGGAAAUGCACUAAGUCGCGUUGUGGUGAGAAACACUCGACAGAAACCCAUUGUUCAUGCUCAGAUGACUGCAUCCAGAAGAACAAUUGUUGCACCAAUUACAAUAGUAUCUGUAAAGGUGAGCAAACCUGGUUGCAGGAUGACUGUGAAGAUGUUGACACGCCUCAGUGCCCAGAAGGGUUUUCACAGCCUCCUUUGAUCUUGUUUUCAUUAGACGGAUUCAGAUUUGAUUAUUGGCAGAAGUGGAAGAGUUCUGUGCCUGUUAUAGACAAACUGCGUACCUGUGGUGUGCAUACUUCAUAUUUGACGCCAGUGUACCCAACCAAAACCUUUCCUAACCACUACACAGUCAUCACAGGACUAUAUCCAGAAUCUCACGGUGUAAUUGGAAAUCGCAUGUAUGACGUGGACAUGAAUGCCUUUUUUAGCCUUCGAACUAAGGAGAAGUUUAAUCCCCUUUGGUACAAAGGACAACCCUUGUGGUUGACAGCAAUGUAUCAGGGUUUGAAGACAGGUACCUUUUUCUGGCCUGGAUCUGAAGUCAAGAUAAAUGGAUCAUAUCCAAAUUUUUACAAACUGUAUGAUAAUUCUACUUCAUUUGAAGAAAGAAUUUACACAGUUCUUAAAUGGCUUGAUUUGCCAAAGGAAAGCAGGCCUGACUUUUACACCCUAUAUUUGAGGGAACCAGAUUAUUCAGGGCAUAUACAUGGGCCUAAUAGCAACAAAGUGGCAGAAGCACUAGAAAACGUGGACAUGAUAGUGGGAAUGUUGAUGGAUGGGCUCAAGCAAAGAAACCUACAGCAAUGUGUCAAUCUUAUUCUGAUAUCUGACCAUGGAAUGGAAGAAAUUGACUGUGAUAAGGUUGAAUAUUUGAGUGAAUAUUUAGAUAACAUUCAGAACAUCGAGCUGCGUUACGGAGCAGCUGGUCGAAUAAGAGCCAAAAAUGUCCCUGAGGAAUAUUUCACAUUUGAUUCAGAAGGUCUUGUAAAAAAGCUUGCUUGCAGAUCACCAAAUCAACACUUUAUACCCUAUCUGAAGCAAUUCUUGCCAAAGCGCUUCCAUUAUGCCAACAGUAGAAGAAUUGAAGACGUUCAUUUGUAUUUGGAUCCACAAUGGCAGGCCAACCUGAAGCCUCCGAUGAAAUAUUGUACAGGGGGAUUUCAUGGUUCUGAUAAUCAAUUCAAGAACAUGCAGACCAUCUUUUUAGGCCAUGGGCCUGCAUUUAAAACCAAAACUGAAGUUCAACCCUUCUUAAACAUUGAAGUCUACAAUCUGAUGUGCGAUUUGUUGCAGAUCACUCCUGCACCCAACAAUGGAACUCAUGGAAGUCUAAAUCAUCUCUUAAAGAAACCUGUCUACAAUCCUACCCAUUCCAAGGAAGUAUCCUCGACAUCAUCUUGUUCUUCAACAAAGUUUAGACCAACUGUUAUUCCACAAACAAACUGCAUAUGCAGUUCUCUGGAAUCGUUACCAGCAGAUGCAUGCAAGGAAUUAAAACUCUCCUCAAUUGAAGUUGAAGGGGCUAAUGAGCAUCACUUGCCAUAUGGACGACCAAGAGUUUUGCAGGACAACAGUAAGUGGUGCCUCCUGCAUCAACAUUUGUAUGUAAGUGGAUACAGCCAUGACAUUCUAAUGCCGUUGUGGAGUGCAUACACUGUCAACAAAACUGAAAAUUCAGUUGCUCCUUUACCAAACAUCUUAGACUGUGUGCUUGUUGAUGUUCGAAUUCCUUCUACCAUAAACCAAAGUUCAUACAUUAAUAAAGAUCAGGACAUAACUUAUGGAUUCCUUUAUCCACCCAACUUGCAAUCUGGACAAUAUCAAUUUGAAGCUCUAUUCAUCAGCAACCUUGUACCUAUGUACAAAGCCUUCCAAAAGAUAUGGAAUUAUUUUCAUAAUGUUUUGCUGCUGAAGUAUACUGAGCAGAGAAAUGGCAUCAAUGUGGUCAGUGGACCUGUGUUUGAUCUAAAUUACGAUGGGCAGUUUGAUACUCCUGACAUAAUCCAGGGGAAUGUUAAGAAUACGGAAAUCCCUAUUCCAACUCACUACUAUAUCAUCAUUACCAAUUGCAAGGACACCUUGAAAACUCCUCUAACAUGUGAUACCUCACUGGAUGUAUUGGCUUUCAUUCUGCCUCACAGACCUGACAACAGUGAGAGCUGUGCAGAUGGCAAAGAGGAAUCCCAGUGGGUUGAGGAGAGAAUCUGGGCCCACAGAGCACGAGUGAGGGAUGUGGAGCUGAUCACAGGACUUGAUUUUUAUCAGAACAGAAAGCAGCCAGUCAAUGAGAUUUUACAGCUAAAGACAUACCUGCCAACAGUUGAAGCCAAAAUAUAAUUUUUAUUUUUAAAAGGCCUGUGAAGUAUACCGUGACACUUUCACAUGCAUAAUAUAUUUAUUUUGUUUAUACAUAAAUGUAAUUAUGAAAUUCAGCGCUUUGGGUGUGCUUCAAUAGAAGUUCGAGUAAUACCCAAGAGUUUCAGGGCACACAAUGUAAUUAAAGUGCAGUACAAUGAAAUCUUAUCAAAUUCAAUGGGAGUUUUCACCUACUUUUGUUUUCAACUUCAGAUUAUUUUAGAAGCACAAUUUAUAACAAAAAUUUGAUUGAGAAAGGAUUAAGGAUAAUUGCAUUGGGAUUUACGAUGCAUGUCUAGGUCCAUGUAUUUGUUACCAUUUGGCUUCAAGAUAUAAUAAAUCUUUGAAUCCACCCUGCAUAAACCAACAAUUCUUAUCACACCUGGAAGACCUCAAGUACAUGACCUGAAAUUGAAUAUACUGCUUUAUUUACCUGCAUAAUAUAACCAAUAUAGUAAUUUGCACCAUCAAUAAUCACCAUAAAAGUAUAAUUGGUAGAAUAAGAGUCAUAUAGUAAUACAUUACUUAAUGUUAUAACCUGGAAAAUUAUAUUUUGUUACGGGUAUUACUUAACAUAAAUAGGUAGUUUCCAAAUUAAAUCUCCAGCUGGGGUUUUGUAAAUAAUGUUUCAGGUAGUAACAAUGGGGUGGCAUGGUGGCUCAGUGGUUAGCACUGUUGCCUCACAGUACCACAGACCUGGGUUCGAUUCCACCCUUGGGCGACUGUCUGUGUGGAGUUUG